GUGGGCUCGGGUCCAAGUCUUGAUAGUAAUUGCGUAGUAAGAUGUAGGACAACAGCACUCGGGAUGCACUAGAUGUACGUAGUGCAUUGCACAAAACCGAGCCUUUGAGUAACGAAGUAAGUCUGUCGUGGACCAAACAAGCAAGAUCCAUUGAUUAAUAACCAAUUCCAAGUUGAAGAGGAACUGGAUGGACUUUGCAUUCUGUCCUUUGACCGUAUUUGUGUAUGUGUGAGCAGCAACGUUCGGACCCGUUUUUCCUGAAAAAGAAUUUGAAUAUCAUUGUUUCCGCGAUGUCAUAUUCUCACUUGGGGGUUCAUUUGAGAAAAAUCGCUCAGUAGAGUUGGACGCACAUUCCAGGGACCUCGGCUAAUUAUCUUGGCAGCGCUCUAAAACAAUCAUAAUGGAUCGAUCUUUUCUCAAAAGCCUUCGGGAGGGAACAGGUCCCAAAGUGAUUCUUCCUGUCAUGCAAAAGUACGCUGUUCUGGCUGCCUUAUAUUUCGGAUUGACUGGGAUCGGUCAUUGGAGCUGGGGACAGGCUUUACUCUCUGUGGCCUUGUUGUGGACCAUCCUUUCGCAAAAUACGAUCUACAUUUUGUACCACACGUUUGGCCGGGAUGCAAGAGCUGGUCUAAUGAUGGUACGAUUGAUGUUAUUGGUCAAAAAAGCGGAGUUCUUAGAUUGGACGGUCCCCAAAAUGUUCCAUGAAACGGUUUCACGAAUUCCAGAUAAGAUCAUGUUCUAUUUUGAGGAUUCCACUUGGACCUUCAGUGAGGUUGAUAAGUACAGCAACAGAAUCGCCAAUUACUUUUUGUCUCUGGGUUUCAAGAAAGGCGACUCAGUCGCAUUGUUCAUGGAAAAUCGACCAGAGUACGUGGGGAUUUGGUUGGGAUUGAGUAAGAUUGGUGCCGUACCAGCUCUGAUCAACCACAGUCUCAGACAGGAGUCCUUGAUACAUUCCAUUCACGUCGCCGACUGCAAAUCCAUCGUUUUUAGCUCCGAUGUAUACGACGCCGUGGGUGAAGUCAUUGCUUCAGUGAAGAAUGGCUAUACCGAGUAUUCCUCAUUUUGCUUGGGCCCCGCGCCAAAGAACUCUGAUGAGCAUUUCCAAACCGUGAUGUUGGAGGAGAGUCUUCUAAAAACGUCUGACGGACCUGUGGACAAGGUCAUUCAAGAUUCAAUUGGUUUUAAAGACAAACUAAUGUACAUAUAUACAUCAGGGACCACAGGAAUGCCCAAAGCGGCCGUUAUCAAACACUCAAGAUACAUUUUGGCUGCUGGUGGUUGCCAUUUUGUUAUUGGUGUCCGGAAAGAUGACAUCAUCUAUUCGCCUUUGCCGUUGUAUCACUCUGUAGCUGGCAUGAUCGCCAUGGCCGGAAGCAUGCUACACGGAAUGAGCAUCGUCAUGAAAAAGAAAUUCUCUGCCUCAUCCUAUUGGAAGGAUUGCAUCAAGUUCAACGUCACUGCCGCCCAAUAUAUUGGGGAACUUUGCCGCUACCUGCUUAAUACCCCUCAAAUACCUGAAGAAAAAGAGCAUAAAGUGCGGUUGAUGUUUGGCAAUGGGUUGAGGCAACAGAUCUGGGUGGACUUUGUUCAGAGAUUCGGCAUCGAGAAAAUUGCAGAGUUCUAUGGCUCAACGGAAGGCAACUCGCAAAUAAUCAAUAUCGAGAAUAAGGUAGGGGCUGUGGGCUUCGUGUCCUUGUUGUUUCCCAACAUUCUCCCUCUUGGUCUUGUUAAAGUGGACGAAGAAACAGGUGCGGAAGUUCGGGACAAAAAUGGCCUUUGUAUCACCUGUCAACCAGGUGAACCCGGUGAAUUUGUGGGCAAGAUUGUUCGUAAUCACCCAGUGCGAGAUUUUCAUGGCUACGCGGACGAGAAAGCUACUCAAAAGAAGCUCCUCUGUGAUGUACGAACCAAAGGUGAUUUGUUCUUCCGAAGUGGUGAUGUUCUCGUGAUGGAUGACCUGGGUUGGUUAUACUUCAAAGAUCGCUCGGGAGACACAUUCCGGUGGCGAGGAGAGAAUGUUUCCACCGUCGAAGUCGAAUCCAUUCUGAGCAACAUUAUUGAUCUCAAGGACGCCAUUGUCUAUGGAGUUCAGAUUCCAGGUACAGAGGGCCGGGCAGGGAUGGCUGCGAUUCACGACCCUGACGAGAUAGUGGAUCUGGAGAAGUUGGCCUCGGGGCUGAAAGCCAAGUUGCCCGCGUUCGCACGACCACUUUUUGUACGACUAGUCGACCACUUUGACAUCACUGGCACCUACAAACUGAAGAAAUUCAACCUGCAACGCGAAGGUUUUGAUCCGGACCAAAUCAGCGACAAGAUGUACUUUCUGAAUCCAAAGUCUGGCCUUUACGAGGCUUUGGAUGCUGAGCUCUUCAAGAAUAUCGUAUCUGGUUCAAUCCGGCUGUGAAAAGAAAAAAAACUGUUUUGGACUUUUUUCCUGAUCGUCGAGAUUUUUUAUUUAUAAGAAGAGUGCCUAACAACUUUGCUUCAGGUUCCUCAAGAGAAAAUAUUUAUGAAUUGUUCAAUUAAGUUGCAUUAUCACAUGACUGAUUCUUCCCUUUCCCACCACCAUCCAAUCUUCCCUUGUCCCAGAUCUGACGAUACUCGCGUACUACACUAAAAAGGCAUUAACUAACCAGCAUCAUUGCACCCAUGGGCAUCACUCGACAGCAAAUCAAGAUCAUCAUUUUCAUCAUGAUACUGAUGACCUUCACUACCUUCACCACACACCAAAGCAAUCAAAAAAAGGAAGAGAGCAUCCAACCCGAUUUUAUACGUUGAUUAGUUACAGCUCAGUUAUUUAAUGUUGCUACGAAUUAUUAAUCAGACACGCGAAAAAUAAACUCAUGGAAAACACAGACCACGAAAGCUAAAAUGAGCAUCUGUCAUGAGUAGUGUGAAUUAGUCAAGUUGCUCUUUUUGUUGGUGAUUGGCUCGAGACAGCAGUUUCAUUUUUUGACGCCAACAUCCAAACGAUUACGUUUUGUGACAAACAUAAUUCGGGGAGACAAGGGACUGACAUAACAGGCCAGCCAAAUUCAAACGCAACAAUGCUGGAGAAAUCCGGGGAUUUGAUCCCCGUGAAACCCGAAGCUGUGUUCAUUCCAUGGACCAAACGCAAGUCCCAAGUUCUCAACUAUCUUCACAGAGGCAUCGUUUAUUUUGAGACACACGUGUAUGACACAAACGUAGGUGACAUAUCUCCCUUGAGUGCCUAUUUCAACCCUGAGCGAUGGACUGUGAACGACCUGAACCACAAAUUCGGGAUUCAACCCCAGAACAGCGAACCUUGUCCAGAUGUGACCGAGAGCAACGUGGAAGUAUUGAAUCCCAAGACUGGGCAAAAACUAGAGGUCCGAUCCUUGUGUCCUCGAUUGCUGAUCUAUCCCUUGAAAUAUGAAGACGAGCGACGGCAACCAUUAUCGUCGCCUGAACCCGGAUCUAGUUGCAGCACGGGUGAAAGGGGAUCCUCUCCCAACGACCCCACCACCUCUUUCAGGAGAUCUUCGAACGAGGCUUUGAAUCAAUUUAUGGACUUAGACGAUGGAUUCAGUUUGUUCAAAACAGAGAUUAGUCAAGAGAAACCAGCGAAUGUAUUGGCAAGCAAUGAUCCCUCCAGCGGGUUUGCUUCUGCCCUUUCGAACAUGGCUAACCAUCUGCAGAGUUAUAGUUUGUUCGUCGAUGAGCCGUUGACUUCGAAGGCUCCGACGACGGCCUUAUGUUUCCAUUCUGCCAUGGAUUAUGGCAUCGAUUGGAGCACCGGGGAUGAACCCUCUGAACCCCUGUCUUCCCCCGAGACAUCCUUGGCCAAGUUUGAGGCAUCGUUGUACCAGUUUUCGGACUUCGAUUACGAUCGGCUCAUGUAUGUUCAAGAGACUUUAGUGUGACUUGGACCGACAGCUCUCUAGUGAUAUGACACGAAUUGCAUAAUUCUUAAUAACCAAACUCAACACAUUUUUCUAAUAACUGCAUACCUCGAAAUGAUUGAAGGUCAUUCCAAUCAAGUAUUGGAUAAAAUAAAUGUUCAAUAUUAAA